AUGGUUUGUUCAUUUUGUGAGGCUCAUGAGAUCAAUAUUCCAAAUAUGGAUGAUAUAUUCAUAAUUAACAAAUUGAUUCGACUAUGUGGGUAUUAUCCAGCAGAUUUUGGCACAACAGAUAUCUCAGAACUUGAUGAUCAAUUAGAUACAUAUAUUCUUGACAUGCACAUUGAUGAAGAAUUUGAAGGAUUACAAGGUCUUGGUGGUCUAGCACAAAAAUUGUUUGCGAAAAAUAAGCAUGAAGUGUAUCCAUUAGUUUUCAAGCUUGUGACAUUAGCCUUAGUUCUUCCCGAGGCUACUACUACAGUCGAGAGAGCAUUUUUUGUGAUGACUUACAUAAAAAAUCGUUUGCGCAAUCGAAUUGGAGAUCAAUGGCUGAAUGAUAGUUUGGUUGCAUCUAUUGAGAAGGAUGUGCUUGACAGUAUCAAAAAUGAUUGGGCUUUUUAA